ACGUCAUUAUGCGCGCGCAGGACGUUCUCAUUCAACCUUCGGAUUUCGCUACUCUCGCGAUUUACUUCGCUUUUCGUCUCACGAACUCUCAGCAAGCAUAAAUACAUCCGGUUGUCAACAGUAGAGCGCAUAAACAUUGAGAAAGUUUCAUUUUCAUUAACAAGCUAAUGUGAAGCUGUGUGAUUGCAUUGAUGUGUGGUUUGAAUGUGAAACAUUUUCUACACCAAUAGUGAGCAUAAUAGACUGUAACAAAUCAACGCAAAAUAAUUAGAAGUUUAUACAAUUGAUAUUGACUGAUAUCUCUUCAAUAUGACAUCUAAAGUGUUAAUGAAACUACCAACAGUGCCCUUUCCUCAAGGUAAAAAGACGUCGCCUGAUCUAGUUCCUUUGAGUGAAAGAACUGAUGGACAUGCACAAGUCAGACAUCAAGGACUGAAUAUAGACCGAGCAGCUCAGCUCGAACAAAAUAUGAAGUUUCUACAGGAGCAACAUCAGGCAACUUUGAUUGCUUUACAUCAGGAGGUAGAAGCCUUGCGCCAAAGAAAUAGAGAUUUACAAUUUCAAUUGGUAUUUUCCAAAAGAGCACACUGUGUGCCUAGCAGUCCUUCUUCGCCUGAAGAUAAUGGAAAUGGGUUUGCGAAAUCAAAGGGUAGCCCAAUAUGUGUUAAUGUAACACCUCUGCAAGUGGAGCUUCUGGAGAAAGAUUUACAAGACAUUAAGACGUCACUACAAGAAGCAAAAACACAUAACCAUUACUUAUCAAAUAUUAUAGAACAGCAAAAAAAGAGAUUAGACAUGACUGAAGACCAGAAGGGUAAACUCGAAGUUGCAGAUGUGGGAAUUCAAGUCGGCGAUCCAGUACAAGCGAGUUUGGUCGUUCUUUUGGAAGAAUCUUACGCGAUGGUAAAACGGUUACAUAAAGAAAAUCUGGAUCAGAAGAAAGAGAUAGCUUCGUUGAGAGCAGCUUCUUCGGCAAACAACGGCGGCCCCAGCAGAGGUGGGCGUUCUCGCGACGGUAACAACAGUCAUCACAGCCGUGGUUCACCCACGAGUUCAACGCAGGAACAGAGCUCUCGUAAAUUUCCGCCGUUACCAAUACCAAGCUACUGGCAUCGCAGAUCACCGAGAUACAGUACGAGUCGACAUGAAAAGCAGGAUCACCAGGCGGAUGCAGACACAACCGUUUUACCGCAACUCCAGAACGGCAGCGUAAAGUCGGAAGGCGCUAGUUGCGCCGAACCGCAGUCGUAUCGAUCAUGCGAAUACCGUAAUUAUUCUCGCGACGGUGGCAAUCGCAAGUACAGAGGACAAGCGUCGCGAAGAGAUAGCAAUCACUAUUAUCACUCGCGCGACUUUAAAGACAGGAAUUCGAAGGAUCGUCCGAGAGACGCGGGCGACUCCGGCGAAGGAUCAAAGGACGCCAAUAAUCCUCGGAGGCAAUAGAUCGUGAAAAUAUAUCGUUACCGAUUUGUUGAAAUCGUGGACGACGGCGAGCUUUGGUUGUUCACGGGUUAAAAGCAUCGGGGAUUUCGAUAUCAGUUACAUAAGAGUUACCGAUAAAUGAGUGAUCGAUGUUUUCUUGUACACAUUCUGGUGCUGAUUAAUCACGUCAGUUUCGUGCAUAUUGUAGCUUGUAAUAGGAUAGCGACGAUGAACGAGCAUAAGCCGUACGAUUUUCGAUGGAACAAUGUCUAGUCUGUAUAUCCAAUUUACUCGUUAUAGGCUGCCAUAAAGAAAUAAUAGAGCUCGCGCUUUCGUAGAUGGACGAUUAUCAAUAUUUAGCGAAAGACAAGACUUUGAUAGACAAAGAGACCUUUUCCUUCCUAUGGAUGACGAAUGACACGACCAAAGAACUCACUGAAUACUAGCUUUCCCGACUGACGUUUGAAUUAGACGGACUCGAGCUUAAUACGCGUGCAGUAUUUGAAAAAAAUGCUGUCCAUACAUACAUGUACGUGUAUUAAAUUUUUCUCGACGAUGAAACAUCGAAGAGACGAUUCUAAGUGGAAUCUAGUCAUUUUCAUGUAUUCCAUUAUUAAAAUGACAGAUCGUUGAACGAUCCUGCUAUUAUUAAUAUUAAAUAUAGAUAUAGAAUACAUAUGUAUAUAUUCUUAUAUUUUUUUAUUGGUUUUACGUAUUUCUAUUUAGUCUAUAUCGUUGACGUAUAUUUUGUUGCACAUUUAACAUACAUUAUACUUCCAGAGAAGACGUGCGUUACUUGAUUUUGAUCUUCCAAUGAGAUGUACUAAAUUUAAUUUUUUUAAUGAAAGUAUGCACGAUAUGCUUCUUUGUUAAGUUUCUUUUCUAACUUUUGCUUUACAUAAUCUUGAUUGAACGGAUAUUUAAAGGUCUUGUUUGCUUCGCGAUCAAGAAGCAUUAAGAUUAUAUUUUUUUUCUACUUAUAAUAAAUAAAUAAAAUCCCUAAUUUUGAAACAUA